CUGUUUGUAUCCAUUCAGUACUGGCUGCGCCGUGCGGAGCUGAUUGAUCACACAGAGGACGAGACGCCAGCACCGCCGCCGCCAUUCACUUCGCUCCCAUUGACAAGCGGAUGCAGCUGUAGGCAGAGGCCGCCUAGCAGACCCCACGUUCCAGGCCGCGCUUCUCUCACCCCCUUCUCCUCAAUGAUAGACAAGCUCAGACCCGUGCACCCCACGUCAGACAUGGCGGUCAGCAAGUCGGUGGCCUGGCUGAACGAGCAGCUGGAGCUGGCCAACGAGCGCCUCCUGCUCAUGGACUGCCGGCCGCAGGAGCUCUACGAGUCGUCCCACAUCGAGGCGGCCAUCAACGUCGCCAUCCCGGGCAUCAUGCUGCGCCGGCUGAAGAAGGGCAACCUGCCCAUCCGCUCGCUCUUUACCCGCGGCGAGGACCGCGACACCUUCGCCGGCAGAUGCGGCUCGGACACCGUCAUCCUGUACGACGAGAGCAGCAGCGAGUGGAACGAGAACACGGGCGGAGAGACGGUGCUGGGGCUGCUGAUGAAGAGGCUGAAGGACGAGGGCUGCAGGGCGUUCUACCUGGAAGGUGGUUUCAACAAGUUCCAGGCCGAAUUCCCUGUGCAUUGUGAAACAAAUCUGGAUAGUUCUUGUAGCAGCAGCUCUCCUCCAGUCUUAGGUUUGGGAGGCCUCCGCAUCAGCUCAGAUUCUUCAUCCGAUAUCGAAUCCGAUAUUGACCGGGACCCUAACAGUGCUACAGAUUCUGAUGGCAGCCCCCUUUCUAAUACACAGCCUUCAUUCCCAGUUGAAAUCCUGCCCUACUUGUACCUCGGAUGUGCCAAGGAUUCCACCAACCUGGAUGUUUUAGAAGAAUUUGGCAUCAAGUACAUCUUGAAUGUGACCCCGAAUUUGCCUAAUCUCUUUGAAAAUGCUGGCGAGUUCAGGUACAAGCAGAUUCCCAUAUCGGACCACUGGAGCCAAAACCUUUCGCAGUUUUUCCCUGAAGCAAUCUCCUUUAUUGAUGAAGCACGAGGAAAAAGCUGUGGUGUUCUAGUCCACUGCCUGGCUGGCAUCAGUCGCUCAGUCACAGUGACAGUGGCCUACCUUAUGCAAAAGCUGAACCUUUCCAUGAAUGACGCCUACGACAUAGUCAAGAUGAAGAAAUCCAACAUCUCUCCCAACUUUAACUUCAUGGGCCAGCUACUGGAUUUUGAAAGGACAUUAGGUCUUAGUAGUCCUUGUGACAAUAGAGUCCCUCCUCAACAAUUAUACUUCACAAGUCCAGCCAAUCAAAAUGUCUUUAAAGUAGAUUCUAUGCAAUCCACGUGAGAUGUAAUUUAUUGGGUGUGCUGGUGAAAAUCAUUCCUUAAAAGAAAUGUUUCUCUUUAAACCUGUCAAAGGGUCUUUGACAGCUGUUGUUGCUUGUAGGAGGUCAUACCUGUGAAUUAAGAUUCUUUAAAGUUGCAGGAGAUAUGGUUGGUUAACAUAUCCCGAGCAUGAAGAAAGCCUUGGAAACUUAAAUGAGAGCUCUGCCUUAGAAAUGCUGUGGCUUAAGAUCCAAAAAGUAGCGUUAGACUCGUAUUAAUCCAUUAAAGAUAUGGAUGAGCACUAUAUAUCCGUCUUCUGUGAAGACUGGUUCUCCUGAAACCUGGAAGAAGGAGCCAAAGAAAUGCAUUUAAACUUCUGUUGACUUUGAAGUACUUGGUUUUGUUUUAAUUCAGAGUUACAUAAGUUCUGUACAUAAUCGCGUUUUUAUAUGUAGCACUGUCAAUAUUUUUACCUAUAAAAUGAGGUGGACUGAACUUUUUCCUGAGUGUAGCAGAUGUGAUGUAAGAGCAAUCCACACUUUUUGCAAUUUCUCCUUAUGGUUGCUGCAUGUUGGCAGCAAGGAGGUUUGUGUAACUGUUAUGCACAAGAGUUGUCAACUUACAAUAGAAGUUCAUGUUUUUUGUUCUUUGUUUCUUGCCUGAGCUUUGUGAACCACAUGGUGGUUUUCAUGUUUAAUCUUUUUAAUUGCUCUGAAGUUUCUUAAUGUGAAUUACCUCUGUCCUUAGGGAGCCUCACCUCGAAUGCUAUAUGGUAUGGAUGAGAUCAUUUCUGGGUUGUGUAAACUGGAAGUAUGUAUGUAUGUACCCCUGACUUGCAAAGCUUAGAUUGCACACUUAUUGCCAAUAAGGGAGAUUGUUGCACUCCCUAAUGUCCACGGAGCAAAGUUUUAAAUGAAAUUUAUUAUAGAACUUUAAAUUAUUAAUAAAUCACUAUUUUGUUUAUUG